GGGACUCAUGUCCAUUGUCCACCUCGCCCUCUAUUCAUAGAACACCAUAAACAGUCGAGUCAACAAGAAUUCAUGUCGAAACUUGGCGAAGAUAUACUAGACAUUGAAAGAGAGAAAAUAUACUCGCACAGAUGGCGCCAGUGACAAGUUUGGCUCCUGUUCAUUUCUUCUCGCAUGGCUCCACAAUGAUGCUUGGGGAAGAAUCCGACAGUGCAACAUAUUGGAAAAAAUGCGGCGACGAAGCUCUAGCAAAUGGGAUUGAACAUGUGGUGAUGAUGGGAGCACACUGGGCAACUCUCGGCAACGAAAUCGAAGUCGCUUCGAAUCCCACCCCAGGAAAAUCUCCUGUGGCCUACGUGCACCCCUCAAAAUACGUGCCAUACAAACUAAAUCCCGAUAUUCCCAUGGCAACUCGCUGUGUUGAACUUUUGAAGAAAAAUGGAUUUGAGGCGAAAUUCAAUGAUAAGUUUGAUUGGAUUCAUGAUACCUAUCUAAUCCUCAUACGAAUGUUCCCGGGCGGAUGCCCGCCAACGACUAUCAUCUCUAUGAACGCACGAUAUGAUGCCCAUUAUCAUACUAAGGUUGGAACCGCGUUACGACCGUUGAGAAAAGAGAAUGUGCUCUUCAUUGGGACGGGAGGCGCGGUACACAAUUUGUAUCGAAACAAUUGGUUUCAGAUGUUAAUGUAUCGAGAUAACUUCGCCAUGGAAUCCCCCCCAGAUGCUGCAAUGCUCGAAUUCCGGCAAGAAUUCGAAGAUGCAGUGACCAAGAACUCCGGACCAGAAUUGCGAAGAGCAGUGACAAUGUUAAUGAAAUUACCCAAAUAUCGUGAUGCACAUGGUACAGAUGAUCAUUUUAUGGCUGCAAUGUUUGUGGCGGGACUUUGUGGGGAUUUUGAGGAUCGGGGUACUACUGCUGUCAUGGGGGCAGAGGACUGGGAGCUGAGAAAUAUGUGCAAUAGUCAGUAUACUUUUGGGAACUGGGGUUCUGGAAGUUCGAGGAUAAUGGGCAAAGCUUAGGUUUUAUUGGUGCUUCUGGGGGACUGUUGUGGUAGUUGUUUUAAUCGGUUAAUUUUAUAUACAUAGUAGUUUGUUUGUCAAUUUGAAGAUAUACCCAUUCA